GCGAGAGGGUUGUGGCCGAGUGAGGUGGCUGAGGGGGUGAGGCAAGCGGCGCGCGUGUUGGCGCCUCCACCACGCGGCGGCCGAGCGGCCAGAGAGCGUCAAAAGCGGCGUGCUCCGCGACGCCGCGCUUCCUCCUUGUCUCCUCGAUACCCUCUCGUCGGCGCUCCUCGCUCUCUCGCCGCGCAGCGCACCCCCGCCGCCGCAUAGCUCCUCAAAUCCACACCUUCGAGCCCGCCGGCUGCUGCUGCCCGCCAUGUUCCACGCGGUCCUCGACCCGUACUAUCUCGCCAUCACGGCGCUCGUGACGAUCGGCUGGCAGGCGGCCGGCUUUGCGAUUGCCUUUGGCCUGCAGAUCGACACCAUCACCGACUUCUGGAGCGCCACCAACUUCGGCUUCCUCGCGCUCCUCACGCUCAACCUCGGCGCCGCGUACGAGGCGCGCAACAUCGUCGCCACGAUCUUUGUGCUGCUGUGGGCCGUGCGCCUCGGCGGCUGGCAGCUCUUCCGCCUGCUGCAGAUGGGAUCGGACACGCGCUUCGAUGAGAUGCGCUCCAAGCCGCUUUCCUUUGCGCAGUUCUGGGCUGCGCAGGCGCUCUGGGUGUGGACUGUCUCUUUGCCCCUGACGAUCCUCAACUCGCCGGCCGUGUCGCGCGUGGAGGGCAACUGGGGCGGCGCACACGUCUCCUUUGGCACGGCGCGCGACAUUGUCGGCGUCAUCCUCUGGGCCAUCGGCUUCGGCGUCGAGGCGCUGGCCGAUAUCCAGAAGUACACGUUCAAGCAGAGCAAGCCGCCGCAGGGCGCCAUCACCGACAAGGGCCUCUGGGGUCUCUGCCGCCGGCCCAACUACUUUGGCGAGAUUGUGCACUGGCUCGGCAUCUACCUGCUCUGCAUCUCGCCCGCCUCGUCGCCCGACAUUUCGCGCCGCGGCCACGAUGCGCUGCUCGGCAGUGUCGUCUCGCCGCUGUUCACCUUCUGCCUGCUCAUGUUCCUGUCUGGCGUGCCGCUGGCCGAGAAGCCGACGCAGCAGAAGUACUACCUCAUGGCGCACGCGCCGCGCGACGGCGACGGCAGCCUGGAGCCGUUCGGCAAGCGGCAGCGCGAGGAGGACCCGUGGCGGCGCAUGCAGGCGUUCCGCAACCGCACCAGCCUGCUCAUCCCGCUGCCGCCGGCGCUCUACAAGCCGCUGCCGACGUGGCUCAAGCGCACCGUGCUGCUUGAUUUCCCGUUCUACAACUUCGACGAGCACAAGGACGGCCCCAAGGCGCUCGAGGAGGAGCAGAAGAAGCAGGCGCAGGACGACUGAGCGAGUCGAUCCCUCAACGUAUAAGCGGCCGCGCAUCGCAGUGCUCG